AUGAGCGGCAGACAUCCAUUGAUCAGCACGGCGCCGGCGAAUUCGAGAUAUGUGAGCAAAGAGCGAAAACGAUUCAUAGUUUUAUCCAUUUUCGACACAUCAAUAACCAUUUUAUUGUGGCUCUUGUGCACUGUGACUCGCGAUGAUGAUUGGGACAAAGUAUUCUGGAACGAGAUCAACAUUCUCAAUCCGAAAUUCAUUCGCGUCUCAUUGUUUGACAUCGUGAUGCUCGCCACACUCCGAAUGCUCAUAUUAGUCAUCAUCUAUGGUGUGUGUCUUGUCAAACAAUGGUAUAUUGUCGCGUUGACGACACUCGCCACUAGUGCUUAUACUCUCGUCAAGGUUUUGCUCUAUUUCAGCCAUUCGCAAAGCGGCGUUCCUCCACUUCUCCUGAUUAUCACUUCAUUCACACUGAGCUGGUGCGAGUUUUAUUUGAUGCCGUUUCAAAUAUUACCGAGAGAACGUCAGAUUCUAAGACAUGCUCGAUAUGAAGGCGUCGAUAAUUCUGAUAUUUCAAGCGAUGAGGAACGCCAAACAACAUCGCGCAUGUCGCAAGCUCGUUCUCGUCGCCGAGCCGCACCUCACAAUCAUUCGGACGCUUAUGUCACCGCUCAACAAAUCUUCGUCGCUUCCGACUACGACGAAUUCCGAAGUGCCGUCGAGUUCUCAUCGGACGAGGAAGCGCGAUGUCGAUUGAGAGUUCCGCCGGAAACGAAGCGAAUCUUCGAGAUUGCGCUUCGCAGUUGCACCGAUGAGGUCGAAGAGCUCCUACGCGACUCGAGGCUCGGCGGAUGGAAGGCGCUGAGGGAUGACGGCUCGAUAAUCGUGCUUCAAGGUCCCGACAGCUACUAUUUGGUGCAGGCCGAUUUUGCUGAUGUCAAAGCACUUGUGCUGUUCAAUAUCGCAUGGAAGGACAUGCUCCGAUGGAAUACCCAAGUCAUCGAGGGAAAAGUGAUCGCAUUGCUCGACCAGGAGACCGAUUUGUACUAUUCGGUGUCGGCGCCAGCGAUGCGCGGCUACAUCGCCUCGCGCGAUUUCCUCGAUCUUCGCAAAAUCCGAUUGGACCAAUCGGCCGACACCUAUUCGGGCUAUUUCGUGUCGGUCGAGUCGAAUUUGUGCCCGAAGAGCGGCGAUCAAAAUGUGGUUCGCGGUCACAAUUAUCCAUCGCUCAUUCGGACAAUCGCGAUCGACGGCGGAAAAUCGUCGAGAUUCGAAUGGCUUAUGAAGACCGACCUGAAAGGUGGCCUUCCAAAGCGUCUCAUUCAUUCGGGAAUGGUCAACUAUUUUUGCGAGCACGUGAAACGAAUGAGAGAAUUCGCCGACAACAAUUAUAAGUGUCCGACGAUUGCCGAAGAGCAAAAUGUGGAAGAAGCUUAA